AUGUCGUAUGUGCCUCCACACCUAAGGUCAAGCUCAACGACCACCACCACCACCACCACCACAACCACCACCACCACCGAAACCUCAUCUGUAACCCUAGACGAUCAGAGCAAGCUCUCGUACCCCUCCUCCAACUCUCACUUCAACAACGACAAGUCGUCCGCCGCUUCCUUCUCCAGCUUCUCGCACUCCAAUGCCUCUCGCUGGAGCUCCGGCGCGCUCUCCACCGCCAACAGAGCUCUCGCCCGGCCUGACGCCGUCAUCCCUCAGUGGAAGCCCUCCGAACGCGUCCUCCGCAUGAAGCCUGAACUGAUUGAAGAGGUUUGUUUGCGGCUUAAUUUGGAUGUUUCUGUUAGUCCAGACUCUGCUCCUGCUCCUGCACCAAUUGAGUCUUUUGCAGAUAUGUGUUUGCACCCUAGCAUCAUGAAAGAUAUUGCAUACCAUGGAUACACCACGCCAACAUCCAUUCAGGCUCAAGCCAUGCCAGUUGCCCUCAGUGGGAGGGACCUAUUAGGUUGUGCUGAAACUGGCAGCGGGGAAAACGGCUGCAUUCGCCAUCCCAAUGAUACAGGUCCGAGGCUGCGUUAUUUGAUAUUCUUAUGCAGUCUGGACGUUAUGCCUGCUAAGUGGCAUUGCUUGGCUCAACCUCCUGUUCAACGUGGUGAUGGACCACUAGCUUUGGUAUUGGCCCCGACUAGAGAGCUUGCCCAACAAAUAGAAAAAGAGGUCAAAGCUUUUAGUAAAUCUCUUGAGUCCUUCAGAACUGCCAUAGUUGUGGGUGGAACCAACAUAGCUGAGCAGAGGUCUGAGCUACGAGCAGGAGUUGAUGUGGUGGUUGCUACUCCUGGACGAUUUAUAGAUCAUUUACAACAAGGGAAUACUUCCGUCACUAGAAUUUCAUUUGUCGUUCUGGACGAGGCUGACAGGAUGCUUGACAUGGGUUUUGAACCACAGAUAAGAGAGGUGAUGCGGAACCUUUCUGAAAAGCAUCAAACUUUGCUAUUUAGUGCAACUAUGCCUGAAGAGAUUGAAGAAUUAGCCCAGGAAUACUUAACUAACCCAGUGCAAGUGAAGGUGGGAAAAGUGAGUAGCCCCACAGCAAAUGUAACUCAGACUUUGGAGAAGGUUUCUGAGAGUGAGAAGACUGAUAGGCUUUUGGCUUUGCUCGUAGAGGAGGCAUCUCGGGUUGAAAGAUCUGGCCAUCCCUUUCCCUUAACUAUUGUAUUUGUUGAAAGGAAGACGAGAUGUGACGAAGUUGCUGAUGCCUUGGUAGCACAAGGGUUGCAUGCAGUUGCUCUUCAUGGUGGUCGUACUCAGGGUGAAAGAGAGGCUGCUCUACGUGAAUUUAGAAAAGGCACUACCAAUAUUUUGGUCGCCACUGAUGUUGCAUCUCGUGGUUUGGAUGUCUCAGGAGUUGCUCAUGUUAUCAAUUUGGAUCUUCCAAAGAGCAUGGAAGAUUAUGUACACCGGAUUGGAAGGACGGGAAGAGCAGGAUCAAUGGGACAAGCUACUUCCUUUUACACUGAUCGUGAUAUGUUCCUUGUGGCAAAUAUAAAGAAAGCAAUUGCAGAUGUUGGAUCUGGAAAUGCUGUGGCUUUUGCAACUGGAAAGACUGCAAGAAGGAAAGAGAGAGAAGCAGCAGCUGCUCAAAAGCAAGCUAGGGUUGCUCUAUCAAAGUGCUCAAUAACGGGACCCACAUCCGUAAACAUUGAGGACAAGUAUAGGUUCAUGAUUGCUGAUUCCAACAGUAAAAGAGAAGGUGCUGCAGAUAGUGCUUGGGACGACUAA